AUGUCCAGCCGUCACCUGCCAUACGGUCCACUGGCCACAGGCGCCAAGGCUCGGCAUCAGAUUCUGGGUGAAAUGGUAGGCACAAGAGCGCAGCCCGAGGCCAUCCCUCCGUUUCCAUUCGAGGCCCAAGGAAAGAAAUCCAGCAUCAGACUCCGUGGGUGUCCUGCAAAAGGACGGCCACACCGCCCGUUCAAGGUGGCUUCCGGAUCAGGGAGUCUGGCAUCCCCUGGUGCCUCGUUCGCUAGUCUUGCCAACGUCACCUCUCUGCUCAAGAUCCCGCCCGCGCUGCAGCCGUAUCUCGAUACCACCGUCGAUUACCUCUCCUCUACUCUCGAGGGUCCCGUCCAGUAUCUCCACUCCGCGACUGGGCUUUCCCACAACGCCAUCUAUAGCACUCUCGCCGCCGUUGUUCUCUUAGGAGCGCUUCCGACCGUUGCUGCCCGAGCCAAGCCUGCGGGUAAGAACAAGAAACUCAAGAGGGUCAAGUCGUUCGAAAGAAAGAGGAUGAGCCGCUACGGAUGGUCCUCUGGGCAUGGCCGUCCCUCGCUCAACACCUACAACUCCGGCCUGGGCUAUGAGGGCACCCCGCACGUCACAGACCAGGACUACGAAUACAUCACGUCUGAGGAGUUGCAGAACCAGGGCGUCAACUCGCAAAACGCCUACCAAUACGACCCCCGACAAAGCAAUUACCACUUCCAACAGCCCUCCGCGUCAAAUUCGGGUCUGGAGAUCGAAGACGACGACAUCAUCCUGUUCAAGCAUGAAGGCGUCACGUACCCCGAGCACUUCCCUGCCUAUGCAAUUGGCGAUGGAAAGCUCAAGAUUGGAGACGUCCGGGAGCGCGUCCAGAUGCUCUUGAAGUUGUCCGACGCGGAACUUGACCAAGUAAGACUGUAUUACAAAGGCAAGGAGCUGGAACGAGACGACAAAGGCGUGGUACCUAUCUGCAACUACAAUGUCAAGAACAACAGCGAGCUGCUCGUCAAGAUCGGCAGGCCUGACGACGCAGGGUCGUACAAGAGACUGUCGAGGGGUGGUGAUUCUAGUGAAGAGAUCGUGGUAGUGGGUGGUGAGGACGACGAUGAGGCACGCAGGAAAUCACGCAAGAAGAAGUCGAGCAAGAAGAAGAAGAACAGGGGCGAGGGCAACAAGAGCCCUACUAGUCCGACCAGUCCUGGCAGCUCCACUACUGGCCUGGACGUGCCCGGCCGUGGUCGCGAUGACCGGAGAGGCGGAUCCUCGAGCAGGUACGACUCGCCCGGAUCCGGUGUCUCGGGCGCCAGCGCCGCGGCAGCUGCUCCUGGAGGUCCCCUGGAUAAGCUGAACAGCAUCAGCUCUCACUUCACCACGAAACUGUUGCCGCUGUGCGUCUCAUAUACCGCUCACCCGCCCAAGGACGCCAAGAAGCUGGUGGAGGAGCACCGGAAGCUGUCGGAGACCAUCAUGCAACAGGUGCUGCUGAAGCUGGACGAGGUCGACACCAUGGGCCUGGACGAGGCUCGCACGCGGAGAAAGGAGCUGGUGAAGCAGGUCCAGGGUGUCUUGUCGGGACUAGACGAGGUCAAGGGCGACGCGAGGGAUUAG